UGUUGGCACUUGCACCAAUGCUUGGCAACGCUGAGCACCCUUCAGAGGCACGGGACUGAAGUAGUCACUUACUCGGACCCAUGGAAAACCAUAUGAAUGUGGUUCUUUAUCUUUUACAGAACUUGUAGGAGCUUGAUUGACUUGUGAUAUAUUGUACAUGUAAAUUAGCUUCAAAAAUCGUGAAUUCCGCAGAUUUUUGUGUGUAUUCGUCUUCAAAGUGUUGUUGUUAGACUUUGGAUUCCAUGCGGUUUAAGUGAAAAACUAUAUUGAGGAAUUUUAACCCUCGUACUGUACGUAACAGUUUUGCGUAAAGGCUCAUUUAAAAAUGCCCCAAGCAAGUAUUUUGAAGAAGAGGGCGUCAAUGGCAACGCACUAUCGGCAGUGUUACCAGACUAAAAAGUCUGGGAAAUUGGUGCAGAUGAAACCGUCAGAUCGACUCCGACGUAACAACCCUCAUCCAAGGCCGGAUUUUUUGGAACCUAAACACUUAAAAGAAGAGGAUGCCAAGGCUCGCCUUGAAGACCAAGUACAGCAGGCGGUCAACGAACAAAUGGACAGGGCUAGGGUUAAGGAAGCAGUUAACAACUACCUUGAAAAAUUAAAGGAAGAAAAGAGAAACGUAGCACCGAAGAUACCGCAUGCAACAUUCCACACAAUGCCAACAGCACCACCACACGGUACUGGUAUGGUGCGAUCGAAAACAGUGACCGAAAUGAGACCAACAACUCAAACCAUGAUAGAAUCUGAGGUUCGGGACAACUUGCAGCGAAUGGAGAGAGAAAGAACAAGUCUAGGAGAGUCCGCAUAUUACACCGAGCCUGUACCUAACAAAAGUGCUACCAGAUUCAAGACCUGUUCUCCUGGACCUGGGUCACCUGCAAUACGCACACGUGUUGUCAAGCGACCAAUCACACCCACAUAUUAUCGGGAGCACUGGGUCAACUGGAGGACAGAAACACCCCCUGAAGCUGGCAUUCGAGAUAAACCAAUCAAAUGGGUGCACAAGCCAGCUGAAGCUUCGCGCGUAAAACGUGUCCAUACGCCCCCAACACCACCUCCUGGACAUCGCGAUAAGGCAAUGGCUGCCGACACCGACCGCCGACAACCACGAGUAUCAUCAGCGAUGUUACGUCACUCAAGGUCGAAGUCAUGUCCACCACCGAGGUCUGGUUUUAUUUUGCACAAAUCUCAGGAAAGCCCCCAGAUUUAUCGAGUGCAUUACCACGAUGAUGACGACAGCGUUUACGGAGAAAAUUAUUAUAGUUCACGGUGUGAAUCACCACCCGCGAGACCGAAGACAGCUGGGGCUUUCAUUGCUAAUAACAUGAUCGAGCAUCCGCGCAUUAAAACCUGGAUGACUGGGGCCACUGACUAUGAAAAAGAAGUCGCAUAUAACUUAUUACAUACCCUUCAUGGCGGCAAAGGUCCAGACAUGGCUGCUAAGGUUAACAAUAACAUACGACCAAGAUCGAACAGUGCCAGUAACACUAGACGAGUUACACUGCCGAAAGAUACAUCGUUGCAUCGGGCACCGUCCUCACCAAACCUGAAAUCACCACCAUUGGACACUACAGGUGUUGAUACAAAGUCGUUGAAGACAUGGAUGAAGAAAAUCGAAAAACAGAUUGAAGGACGUGCACCACCGACAGAGAGACUACAGUAUUCUACAAAAGUUGAUCUAAAGGCAACACAGCCUCCACGUCAUCAACCUAGAAUCAUGACUCCAGAGGCUUAUCAUAACGAAAACAGUCAUUUCUUUGUGACUGGGGGUCGGGCAAGAGGUCACUUUGUCAUUGCUCCAGACUGGGUCUCAGAGGGAGCAUCCCAUAGAAGAUUACUCCGACAGGCAAAGGAGGCUCAACUCCGACGUCAACGGCAACAAAAUCUUGCCAUCUCGGUUUAAUAAUUGGAAUGUUUAAUUGCGUUAAUGGACCUUUCUUCUAUGUUGAUAAGGUCUCAGGAAACUUAAAUCUGCAUGCAAACAUGACAACAUGUUCGUUUGCAGGACACAAAUGCGUAUUCCUAAUUCUGAUUGGUCAGUUGUUAAGUUUUAUUACACUUCGAAAAUGUCUAUUUGAAGAGAGAAGAGCUCUAAAUAGUCAAUGUGCAAGAGAAGUUAAACUAAACAAUGGGAUUACUUGAUGAUUUAUAAUAAUACAAUAGAUACAUCAACUGUGCUACAGAAGAGUUGAUAAGUGAUUUCUGAAGAAGACUAACUAUUUACGACUAUAAUAUUGGAAAAAAGUCAUAGGAAUGAAAGUUGUUUGCGUUCGAAACAUUUUUGCGUCACUAAACAGGGUUGCUAGAGCAGCAAGAUUUGUUUAGCAAAUGAUCGUAUCACCUUUCUGCACUGGAUGCAGAUAUUUUAUUUAGAAUUUUAUAUCACUUCAUAAAAAAUGUAUUAGAUUACAGAAAGUAAAAUCUUUUAUAUAAUUAUAUGGGAUGUACCAAGUAAUGUUAUUUCAGUAACUUUUGAUAAUUGGUCAUAGAAUUUUACGAGAUGUUGCCUAUAGUUCUUUUCUUGUCCUACAAAGUAACAAUGUUCGUCAUUGGCUUUAUCUACCUGCUGAGUGGUUUACUGUUACAUACAAAAACGUAUCCGGUCGUAAUUUUUAGAAAGCAUUGCUGAUAUAAUAGUUAAUGCAACAAUGAUUCCUUAUUUUAGUUGCCUUUUUCUCUUUGAACUAUAAUUAUUAGGGCUAUUAUUACAUCGAGAAACAAUACUCAGUUCUGAAAUGUGCAAAUAAAAACACUAGUUAAGUCGAAUACGCAUCUACUAAAGUGCCCAAUUAAAAUAUGUACUAUCACCAGUAAUAUUUUAAUGGUAUAUAAUCGAUAUUUUGGUCAAUAAAUAACUAAAACAUAUAACAGCACGCAUUCUCCGUUAAGAGAUGGCGCUAUCAAGAAUAUUUUAAAAUAUCGAAAAUAUGUUUUGCGGGUAAAACAUACCUUGAAAUUGUGAAACACAAACGUAUAAUAGCUUUCUACUUUAUAAAGAUAUACAGUAUGGUGAAAUCAGAAAAAAAUUAAUUGCUUAGGCCUAUUUAAAAAGAACACAAUAUUUUUUGAACAAUUAUAAGGUUCUAUAUAUGCAAUAGAAUAUUAUGUAAACGGUUUUAUUUAGCUGUCUGUUAUUGCCGAGGAAAAUAUUUUCUAAUGUUUAAUUUAAAGAUAAAUUACUUAAUCUAAAUAUAAAAAGUAGACCGUCCAUAACCAGUACUGCACUUUAGUAGUCUUAUAGAUCUAUUGGCAAAGAAUGAUUAUAUGUGGACUACUAUUUUGAUAUUCCAUUCAGUAGAAAUAUUUUCGAGUUACUAUCCCAGCAAAACUUUAUUGUAACAUUCACGAUGUGUAAUGUGUGGCCCUAUUGUAGUUCUUUCAGACAACAGCAACACUGCUGUACAAACAGGAAAACUGAUAAACGAUCGACGGACAAAACUACGUUGAAAAACCAACGGAUAAAGCUCUGAGCACUAAAGACAAGUAGAUGACAAA